ACCCAUUAAGCCCAAAAGUAAACUCAAAAGGCUAAUUCCAUUGAUGCUGCACCACAGGCACACUGGGUUCCAGACUUGUAGCUCAAGCUCCCUUUUCUCAGAACCAGAAAAACCCCAAAUCAAAUACACAACGCAUUUUGGUUCUGAUCAAGAAUUCAUCCUGAACGAUCUCCUUCAAGCUUCAACUAUGGGAUUCAGAUUUCAGAAUCUCAAUUCCAUACGCACAAGGCUGGCUGCUCUAUACAUACCCAAGCAUUCUCACCCACACCCCACAAUAAUCUCCCAAACCCUCAAUUCCCAUCUCCAAGACCAUUCUUUGAUUCUCCAUCAAAACCCGAUUUACUCAAUUCCCAGAAGAUGGCAUUUGGGCCAUUCCCACGGCCCUGAGGAGGAUUAUGGCAAAGAGGGCGAGAAGAUCUUCCGGCUGGGAUUGGCUGCUGAUAUUGGUCUCGCUUCCGGAAAAGCUUUGACUGGUUACUUAUCUGGAAGCACCGCCAUAAUUGCCGACGCCGCCCAUUCAGUCUCCGACGUGGUUCUUAGCAGCAUUGCGCUAUUGUCGUUUAAAGUUGCAAAGGCUCCGAGAGACAAAGAACACCCAUAUGGACAUGGUAAAUUUGAGACGCUAGGAGCACUUGGAAUCUCUUGUAUGCUGUUGGGAACUGCUGGUGGCAUUGCUUGGCAUGCUUUGGAUAUUUUGAUGGGAUUGUACUCAGCAAAUCCAGAAGUAGUUAGUCAGUCAUUGACACAUCAUAACCAGCACCAUAGCGGACAUCACCAUGGAGUUGACAUGGAGCACCCAACCCUAGCUUUGGGCAUGAUGGUUCUCUCGAUUGGUGUCAAAGAAGGGCUAUACUGGAUCACAAAACGGGCAGGAGAGAAACAAGGUAGUGGACUGAUGAAAGCAAAUGCAUGGCAUCAUCGUGCAGAUGCCAUUUCGUCAGUAGUUGCUCUCGUCGGAGUUGGAGGUUCAAUCCUAGGAGUGAAGUUUCUAGAUCCCCUUGCUGGACUUCUUGUCUCGGGCAUGAUCCUAAAGGCUGGUAUCGAAACAGGGUACCAGAGUGUCUUGGAGUUGGUGGAUGCUGCAAUCCCCGCAAAAGAGUUGGAUCCUAUUAAACAAACAAUUCUACAAGUCGAGGGUAUGAAGGGUUGCCAUCGCUUGAGAGGAAGGAGAGCUGGUUCAUCUCUUUAUCUUGAUGUACAUAUUGAGGUUGAUCCUUUUUGUAGUGUUAGCGCAGCACAUGACAUUGGAGAAAAGGUUCGUCAUCAUAUUCACAAAACUCAUCCUGAAGUGUCUGAGGUUUUUAUACACAUAGAUCCUGCACUUCCAGUAAUUUCCCCUGGUGUAGAUGAGCCAAAGGAAUCUCCGGGAAGUGCACACCAGAGUUCUCCUGCUGCAGAGGAUAAAGACAUUGAUGCGGCUGUUUCCAGUAUCAUCUCAUCUAGAUAUGCCCAGAAAAUGGUUGUAGAGCGCGUAACGCACCACUUGUUGCAAGGGAAGAUGUUUCUCCAAAUCCAGGUUUCGAUGCCCCCAGACAUCUUGAUUCGAGAUGCAAUAGAGGUGGCAAAAGAAGCUGAAGAAGAGAUUUCAAAGGCAGCAACUAAUAUUAUUCAUGUGAGCGUUCAGCUACGUCUGGGAAGUCCAAUUCCACAACUCAACCAUGACUAAGAAAACAUAGAAGCUAGGCAGGCAGGCAUCUGUGACAUAUUACUCAAUAAAAUCUUAGUUUCUGGGUCUAAAGAUUCAGACCAGCAUCAGAUUUCAACAGAUAAUUGGAUACAGUCAUUUGUACAUGAUCAUUUGAGUUGCUGUAAUAUUUCAAUGCUAUAAAGUGUCAUCCUCAUUAGUUAAGACAUGAAGGUUGUCUGUAAUUCAAUUUUGUAGUAUUGUUAAUCUGAAAACUUCUUUUCCCCAAUUUCAAAUGGGCAACAAUGAGAGAUUUGUUCAA